UCAUUUAUGCAGUUGUAUCACAAUAAACGCCAAAAUGAAAAUUGUUUAUACCAUGCUUGUUGUUACUAAGCUACUAUUAUUAUUCUUGUUCAAAUUAUCCUCUGCUACUGAUACUAUUACACAAUCAGAAUCACUUUCUGAUGGAAGCACCUUGAUUUCUAAAGAUGGAACCUUUGAGUUGGGUUUCUUUAAUCCAGGUAACUCACCAAACCGUUAUGUUGGAAUUUGGUACAAAAAUAUUCAAGUUAAAACAGUUGUUUGGGUUGCGAAUCGUGAUAAUCCGAUCAAAGAUAAGUCGAGCAAGUUGAUCAUAAACAAACAAGGAAAUCUUGUUCUUCUCAAUAAUAGUGAUUCUCUUUUAUGGUCAACAAAUGCAACAAAGAAAACUUCAAGUCCAAUUGUGCAGCUCUUGAACAAUGGAAAUUUAGUUCUUCGAGACGAGAAAGACAAUGAAGGUGUUGAAGAAGAAGAAGACGGUUUCUUGUGGCAGAGUUUUGAUUAUCCUUGUGAUACAUUAUUACCAGGAAUGAAGUUGGGAUGGAACAAGAAAACCGGUAUUAAUAGACGUCUCACUGCAUGGAAAAAUUGGGAAGAUCCUUCUUCAGGUGAAUUUACUAAUUCAAUUAAACUUAACAAAAAUCCUGAAAUUGUAUUUUGGAAAGGUUCUGUUGAGUUUUAUAGAGCAGGACCUAUGAUUGGUAUUAUGAAUAGUGCUGUUAUGUCUAAAGGAGUUUUUGGGUUGAGGCCUAAUCCACUUUAUAAUUAUACAUUUGUAUAUAAUGAAGAUGAAGUUUAUUAUAUGUACAACCUUAAGAAUAGUUCUGUGAUUUCCAUAGUUGUUUUGAACCAAACGCUUUUGGUUCGUCAACGCCUCACUUGGAUUCCGGAAACUAAAACAUGGAAUCUUUACCAGAAUUUGCCACAAGACAGUUGUGAUGCUUAUAAUAUUUGUGGUGCAAACGCAAACUGUGUCAUUGGCGAAUCACCAAUUUGUGAGUGCUUAGAUGGGUUUACGCCAAAAUCACCCAAUCGGUGGAAUGCAAUGGACUGGUCACAAGGAUGUGUACGGAUUGGAAAUUGGACCUGUGGAGUCAAGAGUAGAGACGGUUUCCGUAGAGUUGCUAAAAUGAAGUCGCCAGAUACUACAAAUUAUUGGCUUAAUGAAAAUAUGACGCUCGAUAAAUGCAAGGAUAUGUGUUUGCAAAAUUGUUCCUGCACGGCUUACUCAAUCUUAGGCGCAGAUGAUGGAAACAACGGAUGUUCCAUUUGGUUUCAUGAUCUUAAAGAUUUGAGAGUUUCAGAAGUUGGACAAGACUUGUAUGUUCGAGCAGACGUUUCAGAUAUCGAUGAUAAACAUGGGAAUGUGAAAAAAGUAAUUGUUGCAGUUUCAAUCAGUGCUUCAUUUGUCAUUGUGAUGGUAUUAUUAGCAUUCUACAUUUAUAGAACAAAGUAUAAAGUUAAUGAGGACAAGGUAAACUCAAUGUGGAUGGAAGACAACAGUGAAAGUGAACAUGACGAUUUCGAGCUUCCUUUCUUUGAUCUUGCUACAAUACUAGAUGCCACAAAUGAUUUCUCGAUUGACAACAAACUCGGUGAAGGUGGUUUUGGAUCGGUAUACAAGGGUAAGUUGGUAGAUGGCCAAGAAGUUGCAGUUAAAAGGCUUUCUUGGGGUUCCGGACAAGGAACGAAAGAAUUUAAGAAUGAAGUUAUAUUAUGUGCUAAACUUCAACAUCGAAAUCUUGUUAAAGUUAUUGGUUGUUGCAUUGAAAAAGAUGAGAAAAUGCUACUCUAUGAAUAUAUGUCAAACACAAGCCUUGAUUCAUUUAUUUUUGAUCCAAUUCAAAGUAAAUCGUUAGAUUGGUCUUUGCGAUUUAACAUCCUAUAUGGAAUUGCACGUGGUCUUCUUUAUCUACAUCAAGAUUCAAGAUUAAGAAUAAUACACAGAGAUUUGAAGGCAAGUAAUAUUCUAUUAGACAAAGAUAUGAAUCCAAAAAUUUCAGAUUUUGGCUUGGCUAAAAUGUUUGGAGGUGACCAAACUGAAGGAAAGACAAAUCGAAUAAUUGGCACAUACGGUUAUAUGGCACCUGAAUAUGCCAUUGACGGACUAUUCUCUAGUAAAUCUGAUGUUUUUAGUUUUGGGGUAUUAUUGCUGGAACUUAUAAGUGGGAUGAAAAAUAGAACGCGUACCUACCAUCAACAUGAUCACAAUCUUAUCGGACAUGCAUGGAGAUUGUGGAAAGAGGGAAUGAUACACACAUUGAUUGAUGAGAAUUUGAUGGAAACAUGCAAUGUAAAUGAAGCUUUACGGUGCAUUCAAAUAGGUCUUUUAUGUCUACAACAUCAUCCAGAUGAUCGACCAAACAUGACAUCUGUGGUUGUGAUGUUAAAAAGUAAUAAUGUUAUACCUCAACCACAAGAGCCAGGUUAUUUAUUAAAAACUGCACCAAUAGAAAGAGAACUUUUUUCUUCAGACGGAGAAACAUCAUCUUCAAUAAAUCAAGUAACUAUUUCAAUAUUAGAUGUUAGAUAAAGAAAUGUUAGUAACUAUUUGAUUUCAUGUGAAAUUACAUGACUUGUAAUUUUUGCUUAUCAAAAAAAAAAAAACAUGACUUGUAAUUUAGAUAUUCAUUUGCCAUUACUUCUUUUUUUUUGUGACUAAAUUCAUUAUUUAUUGUAGUUACUUAUAGUUAAAUGUAAAUAUAACGCUAUAUAAUUAACUGAGACACUUAACACCUCUCCUAAAUUGUCGUAAACCUUUAUGCGUAGACAAGAAAACCAAUAUUUUUUCCAGGUC